UGAGGAAGAAAUCCUGGACCAGUCAGGAAUGUCUGGAUCUGGAUCAGCAGCUCUGGAAUGUGCCUGUUUGAUCUGUGUGUUUUAUCUCUGCGCACAGAGCUCUGCCUGUUCGGUUCGGUUCGGCUCGGUUCGGUUCGGCAGCCUCAGCAGCUCCCAGCAGGGCUUCAUCGGAGCUGCUCAUCCCCCCGCCCCCCCUCCUCCGGAGCUCCAGAUUUGAUCGCCGGUUCUCCGUCUGAACAUCUCCCCUCUCCGCUCAUCGCUCCUCGGGAGAAAUGUCAGACGUCGGCUCGGAUCAGAUCCGGACCGUAGAUCAGAACCGGGGCCGAACCGAACCGGACCACCAGGAGGCCUCGGUUCCUCACACCGUGUUCGUGAUCCUGGACUCCGCCGAAACUCUUAACUUGGUCCAGAUGGAGUCUGGGAUCGUGGCGGACAUCGAGGUUGACGGUUUGAUUCCUACGGACAGCGAUACCUUCUACCAGAUCAAGAGUCAGCCAGUCAACAUCAGCUCCUCCGCAGCCUCCCCCUCAUCCUCAGCUUCAUCCUCACUUCCGUCAGUGAUGUCAUCAAGGGUUCUGUUGCGUCAGGGGCUUAUGCGUCAGCAGGCUCUGGAGGAGGAGCAGAAGGAGGCGCAGCAGCAGCAGCGCUCCAUUGACACCUCCUCCCCUAUUAGCCUGACUGUGACCACUUCCUGUACGCCUGCUCAGGUUCCUGUGGAGGUGCUGAAGGUGCAAACCCACCUGGAGAACCCCACCAGGUACCACAUCCAGCAGGCUCAGAGGCAGCAGGUCCGACAGUACCUGUCCAACACUAUGACAGCCAAUCAGCAGCCAGCCGUGCAGCCAAGCCCCUCCCCCAAACAGGACUCCGCUAUCGAGCUGUCCAAUGAGAGCAGCCCAAAGCAAGAGAUGGAGGAGACCGUCAUCGAUGACAUCAUCAGUUUGGAGUCGAGCCUGAAUGAGGAUUUCCUCACAUUGAUUGAUUCUGGCCUGCAGCUCACCAGCACGCUGCCGACGGCGGGGAACAUGCUGGACAUGUACGGAGGGAUGGCCACGCCCACCAUCACCGUUAGCAACAGCUGCCCGGCCGACCUGCACGCAGUCAAACGGGAGCAGACCGAUGUGGAAACCAAAGCUCUGCUGAAGGAGCGGCAGAAGAAGGACAAUCAUAACUUGAUUGAGAGGAGGCGACGCUUCAACAUCAAUGACCGCAUCAAAGAGCUCGGAGCACUGAUUCCCAAAUCCUCGGACCCGGAAACAAGGUGGAACAAAGGAACCAUCCUGAAGGCGUCGGUGGAUUACAUCCUUAAACUGCAGAAAGAACAGCAGAGGGCCCGAGAGAUGGAGGAGAGCGAGAGCGCAAACCGCUCCCUGCUGCUGCGCAUCCAGGAGUUGGAGCUCCAGGCGCGCCUCAAUGGCCUCUCCUCUUCCUCCUCCUCUGCCUCCACUCCACUAACCUCCUCAUCCAGCUCCUUGGACCCUAACACUCAUCUGUCUCCUCUGCUGCCUAAUCCGUCCCUGAGCUUCAUGGACCUGGAGGAGUCUCACGCUACGCCGACCGUCUUCUCCCCGGACCUGCUUCCCGGCGUGGGGCUGACAGAGCUGAGCAGCCUGGGGGGGUUCCUGAUGGAGGAAGAUGGAGGAGCAGCAGUGAUGUCCGACCCGCUGCUGUCCUGUGGAGCCUCUAAGACCAGCAGCCGGAGGAGCAGCUUCAGCAUGGACGAGGACCUUUGAUGAUGUCGCCACAAGCUGGUCUCUGAUUGGCUUACAGGAGGGAGAGUCAAAAGCUUCAAAGAAAUUGAUUGAACAAUUUUUAAUCCCUGACGCGAUCCCAAAUUUUCAGCGUAUUGAUAACAAUGUAACCAUGGCAACCACACCACAAGUGCUGCAGUGGCGAUCAUGGCGGGUUAUUUUUUUUUACUGUGUUCCCAUGGUAACCGAUUCUGCACAGUGUUCUGGAUUCAACACCAACUCCUGAGCUCUGAUUGGCUGAUCUCAGUCUCAGGUGUGUCACCUCUCUGGGUGUAAAAAGCUGUAAAUUUAAACAUCUCUAUAAUCAGUAGGUGCUGGAAAACAAACUCUAAAGAGAUUUUCUUUUUUUUUUUUUUCUGGAUUUUGUCGAUCGGCUUCAGAUUUAUGACGUUUUAUUUGUUUUCAUGUUUAAACUUCCUGCUGGAGACAAAAGUCCAAACAAACAGAAGGGAAAAUAAAGGAGAGCAGCAGGUCCACCACUGUGCUACCACUGCCCCAGUGUUAUAUCAGCAUCGUUUUAGCACUUAAUACUCAUAAAGAUUUGUUUGCUGCCAAGAAGCUGGAUUAAAAUAUCGGUUAGAAGAUAUUAAAGCUUCUGAUAUCAGACCGUCGGUUCUGCUGGAUUACAGACUCUACAGAAACUGAGCAGAGUCCUCCGGUCCAAUCAGACAUGAAACAACAAGCAGGUUCAAUCUUUUCUUUAUUUAGCAUCAGGUCAAAAAACCCCAAACCUCUAAAGUUGAAACGAGGCAGCGUUAAAAACAAGGAGAUAG